AUGGCGACCGACCCGCCCACAGCCCCACCUCAGCAGAACGAGCAGAAGGCCCAAGCCCAGCGCAACAAUCUUCGCCGACGCAUCAAGGAGAUCGCCAGCAGCGUCAUGCAAGGCCGCUUCAACGCCAUCUCUGGCCCCUACCAACCCAAGACAGUCCACGAGCCCGAUCACCCAGAGUGGCAAACCCUCCUGAAGAACCAGCAGACGCUCCUCGAGCGCAUCACGAAGGCGAAGGAUGCCAUGGACGGCGGUAUCAGCAAGGAGGACCUCAUCUUUACUGUCCGCAGCGAUUUCCCUGAUCUUGCGAAGAAGAUCCCUGAGCCGGUUAGAAAGGCGCGGCCGCCGCCUCCUCCUACUGCUUUGCCGGAGAAGGAUGCGAAAGACUCGCUUCCGGUCACGAUCAGUCUUAACGGCAAGCGUAAGCAGGUUGACGAUGACCAGGACGACGACGAGGAGUAUGACCCCGACGCAGACAGCCGCGCUCAGCGCGAGGAGCGUGCUGCGAAGCGUCAGCGUUCGAGUGGACAAGACACGAUCACGCCAGCUGCUGCGACCGAGUUGAAGCCGAUGAUGGAUGAAGAGGAGCUGGAGAUGCAGAUUCAGGAGAUCAAGAUGAAGGCUGAGCUGGCUAUUCUCCAGUUGAGGCGCAAGUUCGCGGCGGAUAAGAAGAAGCAUGAGCAGAUGGGGGCGAAGAUCAAGAGGCAGGGAUUUUGA